AUGCACCCCCUACUUCCACUCCUUUUGGCGAUUGUCCCCGUCUGGACUUUCAGCCUGAAUACCCCCACCAAGUACUGGAACUACACGACCGCCAGCCUGGCCAGCACCACCUCGCAAGAAUGCAAGGACGCAUACAGCGCGGAGAUCGACUGCGAUGACUUUCUGCUCGCACUGGCCGUGGCCAAGGAAGACCGGUGGUGGCUGCCCGACUACGACUCGGCCAUGUUUGACCGCGCCUGCACGGCCACCUGCCAGUCGUCUCUGUCGGAGUAUGUCGCGAAUGUCGAGAAGACCUGCAACAAGGCCAGCGACGCCGCAUUAAAGGCCAAGGGCUGGGACGAUUUCGGUGUGAAGGUGUUCGUGCCGGUGGUGACGGUGGGACACAUCCUGCAAUAUACCCUGAUGAGAUCCUGCACCAAGGACGAUGACGGAUCAUACUGCUAUAUCGGCCAGAGCGGCGUUUACUACCCGGAAUGCGACUGCGACUGGACCUGCGCGCUGGCCUAUUUCUGGGUCGCACAUGAAUAUCCCUAUGACGACUACCAGUUUGGUGUUCAUAUGAAUAGCAUGGACGACGAGGGUAAUCGCUUGGAAUUGGUUUCCAGCAGCGUGCUCAUUGACGAUACGCAAGAUUGGUCGGACGGUUGGGGGACGGUCGAGAAGUGCGGCUGGACCAAGAACGAUACACUGCCAUUGUUCAAUACCGGGAUUUCGAAGAAGGCAGUGGAGAAACAGUCAACAACGAACUCGACCGCGGCUGGUUCAGGUAUGGUGAAGAGUACUGGAGUCAGCGCUGCCACCAGUGCCUCUGGAACGGGGGCCAAUGCACCCGCUCAAACAGGCACAGGAGAGAGGAUCCGAAUGCAUGUGGAGAAGUGGAUGACACUGCUGAUUCUUGCUAUUGUAGUGGUCUUGUAA